UCUCUCCUUUUUCUGCUCUGCAGGACCCAGCCGCCAGGAGCGAGCGAAAACAAACAGCUGGGUUGCGAGCGCCCCCACCCCCGGCCCCAAGACCACGCCGGUCCCCACGCGGGGCGCCCGUCUGCCCACCAUGAGGAAGAUCCGCGCUAAUGCCAUCGCCAUCCUGACAGUAGCCUGGAUCCUGGGCACUUUCUACUACUUAUGGCAGGACAACCGAGCCCACGCAGCAUCCUCGGGCGGCCGGGCAGCGCAGAAGGCCGGCGGGAGGCCGGAACAGCUCCGCGAGGACCGCACCAUCCCGCUCAUUGUGACAGGAACACCCUCAAGGGGCUUUGAUGAGAAGGCAUACUUGUCGGCCAAGCAACUAAAGCCUGGAGAAGACCCAUAUAGACAGCAUGCCUUCAACCAGCUGGAGAGCGACAAGCUGAGCCCGGAUCGGCCCAUCAGGGACACACGGCAUUACAGUUGCCCGUCCUUGUCCUAUUCCUUGGACCUGCCGGCCACCAGCAUCAUCAUCACCUUCCACAAUGAGGCCCGCUCCACCCUCCUGCGCACGGUGAAGAGUGUCCUGAACCGAACUCCUGCCAACUUGAUCCAGGAGAUCAUUUUAGUGGAUGACUUCAGUUCGGAUCCUGAAGACUGUCUGCUCCUGACCAGGAUCCCCAAGGUCAAGUGCCUACGCAAUGACCGGCGGGAAGGGCUGAUCCGGUCCCGUGUUCGUGGGGCAGAUGUGGCAGCAGCCACCGUCCUCACCUUUCUGGAUAGCCAUUGUGAGGUGAACGUUGAGUGGCUGCAGCCUAUGCUGCAGCGGGUGACAGAGGACCACACUCGGGUGGUGAGCCCCAUCAUCGAUGUCAUCAGUCUGGACAAUUUUGCCUACCUUGCAGCAUCUGCUGACCUGCGUGGAGGGUUCGACUGGAGCCUGCACUUCAAGUGGGAGCAGAUCCCGCUGGAGCAGAAGAUGACUCGGACAGAUCCCACCAAGCCUAUCAGAACGCCUGUAAUAGCCGGAGGAAUCUUUGUGAUUGACAAGUCCUGGUUUAACCACUUGGGAAAAUAUGAUGCUCAGAUGGACAUUUGGGGAGGAGAAAAUUUCGAGCUCUCCUUCAGAGUUUGGAUGUGCGGUGGCAGCUUAGAGAUCGUGCCUUGCAGCCGAGUGGGACAUGUCUUCAGGAAGCGGCACCCCUACAACUUCCCCGAAGGCAAUGCCCUCACCUAUAUCAGGAACACAAAGCGCACCGCAGAGGUGUGGAUGGAUGAGUAUAAGCAAUACUACUACGAGGCCCGGCCCUCAGCCAUUGGCAAGGCCUUUGGCAGUGUGGCCACGCGGAUCGAGCAGAGGAAGAAGAUGGAUUGCAAAUCCUUCCGCUGGUACCUGGAGAACGUCUACCCUGAGCUCACUGUCCCAGUGAAGGAAGUACACCCUGGCAUCAUUAAGCAGGGAGUGAACUGCCUAGAAACCCAGGGCCAGAACACAGCCGGUGACUUCCUGCUCGGGAUGGGGAUCUGUAGAGGGUCUACCAAGAGCCCUCCACCAGCCCAGGCUUGGCUGUUCAGUGACCACCUCAUCCAGCAGCAGGGGAAGUGCCUGGCUGCCACCUCUACCUUAAUGUCCUCCCCUGGGUCUCCAGUCAUACUGCAGGUGUGCAACCCACGAGAAGGGCAGCAGAAAUGGAGGAGAAAAGGAUCUUUCAUCCAGCAUUCUGUCAGUGGCCUCUGCCUGGAGUCAAAGCCUGCCCAGCUGGUGACCAGCAAGUGUCAAGCAGAUGCCCAGGCCCAGCAGUGGCAGCUGCUGCCACACACAUGAUGACAGCCCCCAGCCUCCUGAACCUUUUGCAUGAGACUUGGGGACUGGAAGGGGUUAGGGUGGGGGAGUGUCAAGUGGGCCGUUACCAUCUCCUUACAUUUCUGCCGGAUCAUCAGCAAACACCUGUGCCACGACACAUGUUUCUCCAAACCUCGUUCUGGAAGGGCACGGGCGCACACCCCCAUGCCCUCCGUGUCACCCUGGCAUUGCUCUGGAAGAGAAGAUGGUUAGGGUGCAGCUGUCACUGGGAAGAAACUGGGCAGGUGUGCCUAGUCCUUUGUCCUUUCCUUUUGCCCUUUUUCAGGGGUCCAGACAGUGAUGUAUAGGUCCUCCCCUUGUUGCUUGGCUGGGGGCUUUGACAGAAGUCCACAUGUGGGGCCAAGUGGGGUCACAGGGCCUGCCUGAGGUCGACUUGAGAGGAGAGAUGGGUAGCAUUGUGUGGAGAGGCUGGGAGCUGGGAAGAGGGAAGGCAAGAAGGGGCUGAUGGCAGGGCACCUAGGGAUCUGGAAGGAGUGAAAUGCUUAGCCCAGAGGGCCAGUAAGGGAGGGCAGGAAGGAGAGAGGGAGCGAGGGCAUCCUGGGAGGAGAGGAUGGGAUCUGCACAAGAACAUGGAUGGAGGAGCAGCGAAGCACCAGAACAUGGUGUCUUCCAUUGUCCUGCCCAUGUUUUGCCAGCCCCAGUGCCUGAACCCAACACGCGGCCGUGGUCUUACCAGGAGGUUGCAAAGGGAGAGAAGCUUGGCCACUAAACAGACUCCACUUCCAUUUGGCCAUGUGUCAGGCCAACACCUCUCUUUUGGUGGUGGUGGUGGGCGGGGUGUUUAGGGAGCAGCUGGCAUCCUGCGCCCACUGUCUGGCUCACUGGGAGGAUGGACGGUGACCACGCAUUCUGGAACAGCCCCAUUGUCACUCACUGUUUUGGACUCUCACCCUCUCCAGGUCUUUGCCUCUGUAAAUACAGCAUCACGAGGCAGAGCGGAACUUACCUCUCUGGAGCGCGACCAUGCCCUAAGUCAGGGGUUGAGUUUCUCAGGCCCUUCCCCAUGCUGGAGCGACUCCUUCCAAGGGCCAGACAUCGCAGCGCGCUGGGAGGCUGCCGGGCGACUCCUGUCUGUAUAGCGAGGUCUCGGUUCCUCCCCAGCAAGAGCCUCCACUACUGAGAACGUGCUGGCCAAACCUCCCCAGGGCCUUGUCUUCGAAUCCUGUCGGCCUUCUCAUCAUGUCCCACUCUUUGCUGCCACCGGCUUAGGCAGAGUGAUCUUGGGGAAAGGACUCUUGAUACCAGGGACCCUGGAGUCUUCCUUCCGAGGCAAGCCAGCCCGGAGUGUGCUCUCCAACCCCAGAAGCCCCCACCUAGUCGUUCAUAGACUAAGCAACCCCACACUUGUAGGGAGGCCAUGAAUUUUAGAAGGUCUAGGAAAUUGUCUCACAAUGUUGCAUGCGUGUGCCUAUAUGCAGGUCCGUCCCUGGAGAAAGGGUCUGCAUUUCCCCUGCUUCUUAAAGAGGUCCCCAUUCUCCAAAGAGUCUGAAUUUCUGCUCUGGGUUGGAGCUUCCAGCCAUCUGAGCUGCCUUCCUCAAUGUCCCUUCCUGCUGUGCCCAAAUCUCCAUGGCCCCAGUCCCUCUACAUGACCCUUGGGGUUAGGAAUCAACUAUCUGGUCUGAAGCACUCACUCUGGAAGGUUCUCCAACAGUUUCCUUGCACCACCAGCUCUCACCAGGAUUCUUCCAAACAGUGCUUCUAUGCCUGGUUUGUGCACAUCCUCGGGCUCAGCACAGGGGCCCUUCAUCUUGGUGACAAAGCUUCUCCUGUAUAGUUACGAUGUCUCAUCCACCGCCAUCUGCAGACUAGGCCUUGAAUCUAGUGUCCAUCUGGGAAGCCUCCUGUUGCGGCGCAAGGACAGAACUGGGGCCAAGGAGGAGGCCUUUCCACAGAGACCUGGACUCUGCUUGGGCAUGGACCUUGGGACUGGAAGCCCAGGCUUUUCUUAAUGAAUGUAAGGACAACUGCUCAGAGGGCCUUUAAGAGGGUCUCCCCAUUUUCUGUGGUCAGACCAGAAUCUGUCAGCUGUCCUUUGUGGGGACUCAAUCCAAGUUGUUUUUGCUUUUCCUCUUCUUGACCAAAGCAUGUGCCACUAGGUGUCCCUGAGGACGCUGUCUUUAUGAAACACACCUGGAAUAAAACCCCUUCUUACAUGCCCA